AUGGAAACAGAAAAGUCCUUAGAGGCAUCUCACAUUGAAGAUGCCGAGAAGAACAGCAUCCAACCCGGCGAAUCCCUCGACUAUUUCACUCCGAAAGAGAAGAAAAGACUCACGAGACGAAUUGACAUUCGUCUGGUAAUUCCACUGGGUUGUCUAUAUUGCAUCAGUUUGCUGGAUAGAACCAACUUGGGAGCUGCCUCGGUUGCCGGGAUGCAGGAAGAAUUGAAGAUGAAUGCCAAGAAUAAUGGUUACAGUAUUAGCUCGUUGGUCUUUUUCAUCACCUAUACCGUCUUUCAGCCCCCCAUGACGGUAAUUAUUCGGAAACUUGGGCCGAGGCUGUUUCUUUCUGCUAUUGUUUUGAUGUGGGGAAUCGUGAUGAUUGGCUUUGGCCUCUCGCCAACAUGGCCAGUGCUGGCUGGACUGCGGGUCAUUCUUGGUGCCCUGGAAGCCGGUUUCUACCCAGGAUGCGUCUACCUCCUUAGUACCUGGUACCCUCGCUUCGAACUACAGAAGCGGAAUGCCCUCUUCUAUCUGAUUGGCAGUACGGCAUCCGGAUUCGGCGGUAUUCUCGCAUAUGGACUGAUGCAGAUGGAUGGACUCGGCGGCAAGUCCGGGUGGAGAUGGAUCUUCAUUAUCGAAGGCAUCCUGACCUGCGUAAUGGGCAUCGGAUCCUACGCCAUCCUUGUCGACUUCCCCGAACAAUCCCCCAAGUCAUGGCACUUCCUCAACGAAUCCGAGGCCGCCUACGUGGUAGCUACCAUCGAGAAUGACCGAUCAGACGUCUACAUGGAGCCAUUCACAUUGAAAAGUUACCUCCGCAGCGGUGCAGAUAGCAAGGUCUGGGCAUACGCUGCCAUGUAUAUGCUCACCACAGCGAACAGCUACUCCAUCGCUUACUUCCUUCCCAUCAUUCUGGAAGAUAGUAUGGGGUUCUCGGUAGCAAAGGCCCAGUGUCUGGUGGCUCCGCCGUAUGUGGCAGCGGCGAUAGUGAUGUACACCCAGGCGGUCUAUGCCGAUAGAUGGCACCUGAGGGGGCCGAUCAUUGCUGCGAAUGCUGCCAUGGGGCUGCUGGGGCUUGCGCUGUUGGGGUAUCUAAAGGAGUCAGGGCCACGGUAUUUUGGGGUAUUUCUGGCGACUAUUGCUGCGAACGCGAACUGUCCAGCGCUAGUCUCAUGGCAAAGUAACAACGUCCGCGGCCAAUGGAAACGCGCAUUCACAUCCGCUACCCUCAUUGGCGGGGGCAGUAUCGGAGGCAUCAUCGGGACAACAGUCUUUAGGGCCCAAGAUGCGCCGAACUACCGACCCGGGCUGCUGACUACGAUGAUCGCUAACGCGCUGAUUAUCGUGGUUGUGGCGGGACUCAGCGUCAAGUUCUGGCGGGCGAAUAAGCGGGUUGAUCGUGGGGGAAAGCCGAUUGAGGGGUUGGCUGGGUUUAAGUAUACGUAUUAG